AUGGCUCCAAGAUGCUCUGAAAAGACAGAUCCUCCAGACCUUCAACCAUAUGAUACUAUAAAUAUUAAGCCUGAGACAUGGAACUCACAUACAAGAAAGUACACUCUAAGCGAGGACCCUACAACGCCAAAGGAAGAUCCAAAGAGAGUAACAAUGACUUCAGUCGUUUUAAAGACAUUCCUCAUCUUGUCAGGUCUAAUCUCCCUCACCUAUUCCCAAAACUGCAAAUGGCUUCGUCCUCAACAGAUGUAUUUGAACAGGAAGAUCCUUCAAAGCUUCAACCAAAUGAGUCUUCUUGAAAUAACUUCUGGAACUUGCCCACAAAAUUCUACAGUGGUUCCUAAUAUUGAUGAUCUCUACAACAUCUCACAGGUUGAAGAAGCUGCUAUCGCUGCUCGUGACGUUACAAACCAAACAAUCCGGUUCUAUAAAAGAAACCAUCAGAAACUCCAGUGCGAUGAGAAGGCCUGGGAAAGAGUGGAGAUGCUUCUCUAUUACCAGCUAAAUCUGCUAGAUGACUGUAUCCCAGAAGGUGCAGAGAAUCCACAGUUUCAACUAAACAUAUCAGAAUAUUUCAUUUCAUUACAGAAGAUUGUAAAUGAAGAGGUGGAUACAUGUGCUCGUACCGUUGUUCAAAUAAACAUCAAGAGGAAUUUACAACUGGCUGCCCUACUAUCCUCUCGAAUGAGAAGAAAGCAUCUCCUGAAAAACAUCUCUGUGCUCUAA